ACACAAAGUGAAUGUGUAAUUAAAUUCUAUAUACCUUUAUAUAAAACGAAUAACAAUUAAAAAUCUAAUAUAGAUAUUUUGUUUUAAUUAUUAAUUAAAGGAGUUUACUCGUUAAGAACGAUUGUCUCGGAACAGGUACAGAGAAAAAGACUUACUAGAUUAAAAAAAUACCGAUACCGUAUUGAAGCUAGAAAGACCGAAGAAAAAUGGACAAAUAAAAAGUCAGCAAUUGAUUGAAAAUAAAAAACAAUAGGAAACGUCAUUGCUUUGCUUAGAAAUUAGAAAAAACGCUUUUGUUUUUUUAAUUAUUAAUAACUACUUAAAUAAUUAGUUGAUAAAGUGUGGAAUUAUAGAUUUUAAAUGUGCGCUUAAUGUGCAAAUAGCACUUAUUCAUUUUUUUUUGCUGUUAAGGUUCUUUGCCUGCAUUCCUACGAUAAAAAAAGAAAAAUUAACGUGCAGGAAGAAAGGAAAAAGUACAGAAGAAUUUUGUAAGAAUAUACCAAAGUGUCGUCCUCCUAUAAGAAGAACUAUUGAGAAAUCUAUUAACAAUGAGAUAUUAAAUUAUGAACGUAUUAUACCAAAAUGUCGUCCUCCUAUAAGAAACGUUAAGGAAUGUGAAAAUAUAGAUAAUAAUAACGAUAAAAAUAACAAUAAUAUAAAGAAGAUAUCUACGAGUUUAGACACCUUUGUGCUUAAACGAAUAAUUAAAAUGAAUAAUCUAAGUGAAACUACCAGUUCUGAAGAAUCUGACGAAAAUACUGCAGACUAUUUCGAUAACGACAUUUCUGACAAAGAUAAAUCAAAGGAAGAUUCCAACACAACAAAAAACUCAUCGUCUGACCAUUCUAAUCUUCAUAAUAGUAGUCAAAAAUCUAAGUCACCACUUCGUUCUAAUGAAAGAAAGAAAAAUAAUAUAGAAGAUAAUAAAAAUAUUAAUUGGUCAAAGUUAUUGAUAUAUAUGUUUCCGGUGUUGGUCUUAAUAUUAGUAUAUAAUAUAUAUAAACAUCCCUUGUUAACAAGUAAUCAUCAUGAAGAAGAUAAUGAUGGAUUGACGCAAACUUCAAAGCAGAUUUUACAAAAUAAUCGAAUACAAGAAUUUCGUAAAUCGGUGGCAAGCGUCAAAUCAAAAUUUAAAAGUCAAACUUCUUAUACGUGGAACGCAUUUCAAUCUCAAGUAGAAGACGUUAUUAAUGAAAAUAGCAAAGUUUCCAUUGUUAUUUUGCUUGGUAAUGAAACCAACACGAUCAAAUGUUUUGCGCAUUUGCUUGGAGACGUAAGUAGCAAAGUCUUAGGUAAUAAUAAUUAUUUAUUGUUGAAUACGAAAAACAUUGGUAACGAUCACGGAGAAGUUAUUUCUAAAUGGAAAGCAGAUAUUCUGAGAAAUAAAGUUGUGAUUAUUGAAGAUUUGCUUAGUAUGGAAUCUGAGUCUAUUAAAGCAUUGCAUAAUUUAUGCGAUAAGGAAAAUCCUUUAGUUUCCAAGGCUUUCUAUAUAAUUACUAUUAUGUCCAAUAGUUACCAAGGAUUACACAAAGAUAAAUUCGUAGAAGAUAGUCUUACUACCAAAUUUUCUAAAACAAUUGAUUUGGAUAUUUUAAAUCCUCUAAUAAUACGAAUCAUGGAUGGCCCGAUAAUACCAAUUGUACCCGAAUCAAAAAUGAAAGAAAAACAUAACAUUGAAGAAUGUUUGCUUCUUUAAUUUAUAUUGAACAUUACCUAUAUAUGUUUUGUAAGAGUUUUUUUAAUAAGAUAUAGCGCAGAAUGAAUUAUAGAUAAAUAAUAAUAUUUAAAUAGAAUAGCAAGAACGUAAAAGAUAUACAUUACGGAUCAAAAAGGAACUGAUGUUGCGGAAGAUAGUUCUUAUUAUGCAAAUUUAUUUUGUUAUGCGAAAUAAUGAUACAGAACAAUAUUUGUAAAAUGAACUAUGUUCAAGCAUAAUUCAAGAUAAUUUCUACAAACUUAUAAAAAAAUAUAACAGCGAGAUAGAUGCCUCUGAUACAUGUAACGCUACAGAUUUUGCCUACAACGGCCAAGAGAUUAAAUUAAAGUUUAAAGUAUAGUAAAA